AUGACGUUGCAAGCACAUAGAAAACAAGUAUCAGGACAAAGAUUAACAUCAUUACCAUCUGCAUUUAAUUUACGGGAAGAAUUAACGGAUUUACUUCAAAACGAUGAGACUAUUAAAAAACAAUUAGCUAUUACAAUAACGUCAACAACAACUGAUUCAGAAGUUGAUUUAAACCCUUAUUUAUCUAAAAUCGUAGACCUAUUAGAGCCUGCUUUAUUAGAGCGACUAAAUCAACGUUUUAUGUUAUUGGAAGAGCAGAUCUCGGAUAUGGACGAUCGUUUGGAUGAAGCUGAACGAUAUAAUCGAUCAUAUAAUGUCAGAUUGAUGAAUGUACCAUAUCGUAAAGAGGAAGACGCUAUUCAAAUCACAAGGAACAUAGCUCACGAUAUUGGAUUCAAACUACAUUAUAAUGAAAUCGAAACGGCGCAUAGAAUCUUUCCAAAAUCCGAUACAUCGUCAACAUCUGCAUUGCCACCGGUUCUUAUUGCUCGUUUGUACUCUCGUUCUCGUCGUUUUCAAUUUCUGUCGUAUAAACAAAACUUUAGAAAAUUGCCAACUGAUCACCCUACGAGAAAUACAAUUCUAUCCGAAGAUCUUUCAAGAAAAAAUGCAAAAAUAUUCACAAGAGCACGUCAGCAAAUUUCGAAAAAUGAUCGUUCUAAACUAUAUACAUCAAGUGGUCGUGUUCUUUAUCGGAAAGAUGAAAACCAAUGUGUUUAUUUAAAAUCAUUACAAGAUAUUGAACAGUUACCGACAAGCACUUAG